UAACCUAGAAAUAUUAAAAAUGGAAAAAAUAUUAUUUUAAAACUUUAUCAAAUAUUUGAUAAUAUUAUCACUCUUCUUAUAUGUUUAUAAAACACUGCCAGUAUUUCAAGAUUAUCCUUAAUGUUAAAAUCAUAAAAACGUUGGUGUCAAUUAAUAUUUAGUAAUAAUGCUUCUCCGAAGAACAUUGUCUUCAAGACUGCCCCAUUAUUUACCCAAAAAAUUCUUUCAUAAAAGUUAUAGAUUAUCAAAAAGAGAAGACUUCGAAAACCCUAUAGAAAGGACGUUCAAAGUUUUAACAAAUAAUGUAAAAGAUACUUAUAAACGGUUUGUAAAUGCUGGUUCAAAUGAAGUAAUGUCUCAUUCAUCUUUUCCUACACACUCUGAUGUAGUUGUAAUUGGUGGUGGUGCUAUUGGGAGCUCUAUAUCUUAUUGGCUCAAGGAGAAGUCAAAUGCAGAUUCUUUCAGUGUAAUUGUUAUUGAAAAAGACUUGACGUAUUCACAAUGUUCGACGUGCCUUUCAGUAGGGGGCCUAAGACAACAAUUCUCCUUACCAGAAAAUAUUCAAAUGUCCCUCUAUGGGGCAGAAUUCUUAAGAACCUUAAAACAUAGAUUCGGCCCACAUGCUGAUGUCUGUUUCACCCCUCAUGGUUACCUACUUUUGGCCAGUGAAACAGGAGCAGAACAAUUAAUUGAAAAUAGCAGAUUACAAAAUGAUUUGGGAGCUAAAAACUGUAUUUUAGGAAGACAGCAGCUUAAAGAAAGAUUUCCUUGGAUGAAUGUAGAAGAUGUGGAAAUAGGAUGCCUAGGGCUUGAGAAGGAGGGUUGGUUUGACCCUUGGUCAUUAUUACAAUUAAUCAAAGAGGGUGCAGCUAGUAAAGGGGCUGGAUUUGUGAAUGGUGAGGUCAUUGACUUUAAAUUUGAUAACAGGGAGGAUAUUAUUGUAGAUGGGAUAACACAAUCGUCUGUCGAAAUGCCAAGAUCUGUUGUAGUGAAGACCCCAGAUGGAGAAGAAAGGAGCAUCCAUUUUUCACUUUGUGUAAUUGCCGCGGGGCCAGAUUCUGGAAAAUUAGCGGAAAAGCUCAAAAUCGGAACAGGAGAAGGUCUAUUGGCAUUCCCUUUACCAGUUGAAAGAAGGAAACGUUAUGUCUUUUCAUUUGAUUGUGAAAAAAAUCCCCCUGGGUUAAACACACCAAUGACUAUAGAUACUACGGGAGCAUAUUUCAGGAGAGAUGGUUUAGGAGGUAGGUUUCUUUGUGGAAUAUCUCCAGAAGAAAAUGACGAACCAGCCACUGAUAAUUUAGAUGUAAACUAUGAAUUUUUUGAUACUCAUUUGUGGCCAAUUAUUGCUAAUAGAGUUCCUGCCUUUAAUGCUGUAAAAGUUAAAGGAGCCUGGGGUGGUUUUUAUGAGUACAACCGGUUUGAUGAAAAUGGUAUUGUGGGGCCACAUCCUCAUUAUAACAAUAUUUAUAUUGCUACUGGAUUUAGUGGACAUGGUAUUCAACAAUCCCCUGCUAUUGGUAGGGCAGUUGCAGAACUAAUUUUAGACGGGCGUUUUCAAACAAUCGAUCUCACGAGGUUAGGAUUUGAUAGGGUUUUACUGGAAUUGCCGCUACUAGAAUCUAGAAUUUUCUAGCAUUCAAGAACGUUUCCACCUCGGGAACUCUUUAGAUAAUUAUUGAUUCUAUUAAUUAUUAUUUAUUAAUAAUUAGAUGAUUUUUAAGAUUAAAACCAUUUUGUACAUUACUUUAUAUUUUAACGUUUGUUAUUAUGUGGUUAAAACGAAAUAAAACGCAUUGUUUAAUUGCAUAAAA